AUGGCCCGGAUCCGGUGCAUACUCACGGCUGUGUCUGGGUUUUACUUCUGGGAAGCUGCUCUCUUGUUAAGUUUGGUUGCCACCAAAGAAACAGACAGUGCCCGAUCCCGUAGUUCACCAAUGUCACCAUCAGAUUUUCUGGACAAACUCAUGGGCAGAACUUCUGGUUACGAUGCAAGAAUACGACCUAACUUUAAAGGACCUCCAGUAAAUGUCACCUGCAACAUAUUUGUUAACAGCUUUGGAUCAAUUGCAGAAACUACAAUGGAUUACCGCUUAAAUAUCUUUCUGCGCCAAAAGUGGAAUGACCCUCGUCUUGCAUAUAGUGAAUAUCCAGAUGACUCCUUAGAUUUAGAUCCUUCUAUGUUGGAUUCUAUUUGGAAACCAGAUUUGUUUUUUGCUAAUGAGAAGGGUGCAAACUUUCAUGAAGUGACAACAGACAACAAGCUUCUGAGAAUCUUCAAAGAUGGAAAUGUUCUAUAUUCUAUUCGGCUGACACUUACACUGUCCUGUCCUAUGGAUCUGAAAAAUUUUCCUAUGGAUGUGCAGACUUGUAUAAUGCAAUUGGAAAGCUUUGGAUACACAAUGAAUGAUCUUAUUUUUGAAUGGCAAGAAAAUGCACCUGUACAGAUAGCAGAUGGCCUGACUCUUCCACAGUUUGUCCUAAAAGAAGAAAAAGAUUUACGUUACUGUACCAAACACUAUAAUACAGGAAAGUUUACAUGCAUUGAAGUUCGCUUCCAUCUGGAGAGGCAGAUGGGGUACUACUUGAUUCAGAUGUACAUUCCCAGUCUUUUAAUUGUCAUUUUAUCAUGGGUCUCCUUUUGGAUCAACAUGGAUGCAGCUCCAGCCAGAGUUGCCUUAGGUAUAACUACCGUACUAACUAUGACAACACAGAGCUCUGGCUCCAGAGCGUCACUGCCUAAGGUGUCCUAUGUUAAAGCUAUUGACAUUUGGAUGGCCGUCUGUCUCCUGUUUGUAUUUUCCGCCUUACUGGAGUAUGCAGCAGUCAAUUUUGUAUCCAGACAGCACAAAGAACUUUUAAGAUUUAGACGUAAAAGAAAGAAGGAUAAGGAAGAUGAUGUGAGAGAAAAUCGUUUCAGCUUUACAGCUUAUGGAAUGGGACCUUGUCUACAAGCAAAAGAUGGAGUGACUCCAAAGGGGUCCAACCCAGCACCUGCAGCACCAAAAACCCAUGAAGAGAUGAGGAAAGUGUUUAUUGACAGAGCUAAAAAGAUAGACACAGUUUCUCGAGCUGGCUUCCCUCUGGCCUUUUUAAUAUUCAACAUCUUCUACUGGGUAAUCUACAAAAUUCUACGACAUGAGGACAUUCACCAGCAGCAAGAUUAA